GAUUGGAGACCUAUUCAGGCGGAGUCGACAGCCGUGCGGAUGAUUGCGCAUUUGACAGCAGCGGUGUUUGCCGGUCGUCAGUUAUGCCGCAACUCCGAAUGGAUAGAUAUUACCAUCCAAUAUUCGCUGACUGCCAUGGUGGCUGCUGAGCAGCUCUGGAGGUGGCCCCGGCUGGCACGGCGAAUGGCAGCCCGAUUCCUACCGUCAUGUCGACUGCUCUCGGCGCAGGUGCAGCGAGCGAACGAGCUGGUCUCAACAACCUCACAAGCUCGAAAGGACGAAACCACCGCUACGCAACAAGCAGGAAUGGAGCAGUCUACGAGUUAUCAUGAUGGUCUCGAGUGGAUGGAGGAAUAUGCCCGGGGGCGUCCGUAUCGCCCGGGGGUUACCCAGCUCGCGGUCACUCUGGGGGCCGUAGACACGACAAAAGACCUCUUGAUGCAGGUGCUGUAUGACAUCGCGGGAAAAAGUGAUUUGAUGGAUGCGCUGCGGCGGGAGAUCGUGGCUAUAGUGUCCGAGCACGGCUGGACAAAGACCACUAUCGUCAACCUGCAGCUGAUGGAUAGUAUGAUCAAGGAGAGCCAGCGGCUGAAACCUGUCGGAAUCAGUAAGUUGUCCGGAAUACGGCGCACGGCCGCGAGCGAUAUCCAUCUUUCCGACGGCGGCAUCGUGCCCAAGAACGUACCGUUUGAGAUCUCCAACAUGCACAUGUGGGAUGAUGCCGAUCUAUAUCCCGACCCGCUCUCUUUUCAAGCCGACCGAUUUCUGCGUUUACGUCAAGUGCCAGGACACGAGGCAACCGCUCAGCUGGCUUCGCUGUCAGCAGACCAUUUGGGAUGGGGACUGGGGAAAAACGCUUGUCCGGGACGGUUCUUCGUUGCUAUGGAGGUCAAGGUUCUCCUUUGCCACCUCAUUCUGAAGUAUGACUGGAGGCUCGAGGAUGGGUGCAUAUCGGAAGUCCGUCGGUAUGGGACAUUUCUCUCGGCGGACCCCGAGGGGACACUGCUCGUGCGCAGACGACGCGAGGAAGUCGAUCUGGAUGGGCCCCUGGUAUGA